AUGGCCACCGCGGAAAAAGAACAUUCAUGUUCUCAAGAUUCCAACAACCAUACAGGAAAGUUUGUUUAUUCGCUCUCGAUUUUCUCGUUGCUGAUUUGCAUUACUGCCAUGGUUCGAGUCGAGAUUAUAAACCAAAGGAUUGAUGUUGUUGAAGAUUUCAUGGCGGAAGUCAACCAAAUUGCAAAAGUACAUGUCGGAAGAGAUGUGACAGGUUUAAAAAACGUUCAGAGAGUCAACCUGGUCGGUGAAUUUUACCGCAAGAAUGGGGUAAAAGAGGAGGAAUAUACGUCUAAAGGUAAACUAAACCCUUUGCAAUACUUUACCCCCGGGGGGACUCCCAUGUGAACGGGACGUGGAUGCCCAUGGGAAAAUUAGAAUUUAUCUUUUAAAGGAGAUCAAUCUGACUUCGCUCCUUUACGAACGUACUUGUAAAAAGAAUUCGUUACUUCGAUCUACCUGUAGGUAACAAUCAGUUUGAUGUUACUUUUUGAGUUUCUACUUCAAAAAAUAAAAUUGGAACGUAAGAUAGUUGAGUGUAAUGAUCAUCUGAAUGAUCCGUAAUAUUCCGGAUCAAUGCAAAUAGUUUCACGUCCUAAUUGUCUUUGCUGAUGACCUUUUACGUUUCAAAGAUAUUUAAGCACCAAGAGCAUGCAGUUUAUCAAAAAAGCUGCCAAGCUUUUUUAUUUAUUUAUUCAUUUUUUACUUUAAUCUAUUUUUUAAACACCCGUGAGCAUCACAAAGCAACGCCUGUACUCACAUCUUGUUAAUCGUUUUAUUUCUCCGACCGGUUUCGUCUGAUCACACACAGACCUCGUCAGGGGGUAUAACAAGAGCAGAACUAAGGAACUAACUUUUAUACACCUUCACAUUGAUAACGGCAAAAUCCCGUUCCAGUUAUGGUGUGAACAACCAAAAAGCCCACAAAAUCGGGUUUGCCUAAAACCCAGAAUCCUGAAUAGGGCGGAAAAAACCCCGGGGAAGGUACUGCCAUAUAUGGGCUAGGUAUGUGCCGCGGUGAAGGGUAUGGUUUCCAAGCAGUUUACUCUAGAAUAGGGUAUAUAAAUCAGAGCGUUUGGGUCUAAAAUAGGAUAUCAUUUUUCAGGAAACUGAUCAGUUGGUUGAAGAUUUUAUCUAGACUAGAGAUUGUGGUAUAAGGUUUUGUUUUGGCUAGACUAUGUUAGUGACCUUAGUAAGUUUCUGGAAAACAGCUACUCUAGGAUAGGGGGGAUUUGCGGAGUUUACUCUAGUAUAGGGUAGCAAAAUUCAGCUGAACUAGCUCUGGUAUAGGUUAAGGGUUCCAGGGUCCCAGCGGCACACCCCUACACAGAAAUCAGAGAUCAGGAAGUAGGAUAUUCGGGGAAUGAUUACUAAAAUAAAUUAGCCUGUUUAAGCCCUCUAUUUCCUCUUCGAAGUCCGCCGAGGGCGGGUGAUAAAAUAUAAACCGCAGGGGAUAUAUUGACGUACCGCCAGCGCAAGGGGGUAGUGGUGGGGGAAGAAGAAGAAAGACGUUCUUUAUUUUUCUUUCUCGUGCUCCGCGCUCGUUCUCGCGAGCUCGCCGAUGUUUUCGAAAAGAACGAAAAGAAAAUUAAAACAACGUCUGUGUACAGGCUAAAAAUAAAUAAAAAAGCCUCUUUACUGGGAUCAAGAGAGACCUUUUCAUUAUUUUCUCAGUUAUGAUUGCGAAAUGGCCGCCACUUAUUUCUUGACUUGGGAUUUUGUCAACCCACUUUUCCCAGGCAUGCAGUUUCAGUUCUUGAAAAUCUGAAAUUAAUGUUUAAUCCUCCGUGGCGUGAUUUUUAGUUAUGUAUUCACUAUAUUUUUCCAUGUUUUUCCGUCGCCGAUCUUAAUAAGUAACAAACAAUAUUCAGUCAUACAUGAGUAUGAGAAAGGCUGAAUAUAAAUGUGCGUAAAAAAAAAUUGCAAAAUCUUCCUUUCAACAAAAACAAAAUGCUCCAGCAAAUGAAACAAAAUUGACAAGGGCAAAUUAAGUUUUUAGUGACUUGAAAAAAUGAAACCCAUUUUCUCUAAGAUUCAAUUCAUGUCCAUCAUUGCUAUCCGUAGCAACAGAAGACAUAAAAUAGAGUUUUAACGCCAAAAUAUUGCUAUAGUCUUCAAUAACAAAAAUAGACCUUUUUCAUGCAAGGACGCACUUUAGCCUUUUAAGAGGGUCUGAAUUGGGUUUAGUGUUUAAUUAGUUUUAUAUGCCCAUAAUUUUUAGUGAUUCUUGUUAAAUUGGCCAAUUUUUUUUUGUGUUUGCUGUUUCCGAAGAAAGUACUAUUAAGUGUUUGGAGGGUUGUUCGGGCAUCGUCGGCAAUGGUCGGACCCAGUCUUCGUUAGUCUUCGGAAAUCUUCGUCAGUCUUUGAGAAUCCUCGGUAGCCUUCGGAAAUCUUCUGCAAUAAUGCGAAAUUGUCUUAACAUGGCCAAAACCUCAGCUUGAUAUACUGAACAAAACAAUAUUGGCCUUUUUGAAGUCGUUUUUUGCUUUUUCUGGAAAAAAUGCUGUUUCAAAGAAUCUUUUACUGUUAGUAUUAAAAUGCCUAUAAAAUUUAACAUGUUUCAUGUUACAAAGCCAAAAAAUUAAGUGUUAAGUGUUAACGGGGUACCCCCCUUCAGACCCUCAAGAGAUCUUAUCCUAUGAAACAGUAAUUGUUUAAACUGAAACUCGGCAUGGAAUUACAUUUUUUUUGGAAAGAGUUUUGGUACCACAUAUGCAAAGCUUUUGAAAUAAACCUUUACACUCUUUUAAAGGCUUCCGGUCUAAAAAAGACACCCUGUUUAAGUCGCUGAAUUUUGAAAUUGUAUCUCCUGUUGAAGACACAGGAGCCUGAAAACCGUGCGUACCCUUUUUACCCACACAUAUCCGUCUUGGCCAACUAAAUGAAAAGCUCGCUCGGGUCAAUGCAUCAUGUCGUCACUCCCAGUACUUUGAGCGAUGAACAGUAUCUAUAGAGAAGACAAUUGCUGACGUUAUAAAAACUAAAUUUGUGAAAUUAUGGGAUAGGCUGGCAUAUCCGGAUAGAUCAAGAUGAAAUAUGUACACUUACUAAAAAUCAGACCGUUAGUGCAAAUUGGCGAGGAGAUAUAAAAAAAAACUAUAUAAGCACUGUUAUCAUAGACCUAAUGUUCCGAUGACUCCAUAUAAAUCCUUCUAAUAGUAGGCUCGGAUCGUAACGUUACGAUCCAGAUCUUAUUCUUUCUGGAUAUGCAAACAUAUCCCAUAAUUUUACAAAUUUGACUUUUUGUGACGUCACACUUCUUUACUCUUCUGUGUUAUUUUAUUGCUAGUUCAACUUCCAAGUUUGAGGGUCCGUCGUUUUGCCAGCUCCACACCCGGAAAUCAAAAGCUCACCAUUGAACAGAUCAGACGUGAGAUAAACAAGACUUUACACUCGCUGACACCACACGCAUUUUGUUCACCAAACGAAAAAAUGUGCGUUCAAGGUCCACCUGGGAGGGAAGGUCCUAAGGGAUCACGUGGCAAAAGAGGUCCGCGCGGAGCCACGGGAAGAAACGGUGCACGUGGUGACACAGGGCAUCCUGGGCCACACGGGAAGCAAGGACCCACCGGUCCACCCGGUCAGAAAGGAGAGCCUGGUAUCAAGGGGAAUCCAGGUCCCAGGGGUUUUCCGGGGCCUAAGGGAGAACCUGGAGAAUCAAUUUCAAUGCCAACGGUUGUAAUCUCGCCCAAGGAAUUAACUGUCAGAGAAAACCAAAAUGCCGUAUUCCAGUGUUCUGCGACCGGAAACCCGUCACCGACUGUAACGUGGAUAGAGCCCAUCGGCUCCCUUUGGUCUUAUCGUGUUCAGCUUAACCCCCGUGGAGUCUUGACGGUACGUCACGUGACUCUUGCAGUCACUGGUAGAUACAUUUGUGCAGCAACAAAUAUGCUAGGUAGCUAA